AUGAAGGAUAUCAAAGGAAAGGGAAAACUCGUCUCUGAUAAUGCAGCACAAGUUAAGAAAAAGUUAGCUAACCUUAGAGCUCCAAAGAAAAACUCAAUUGAAAAACCAACUAACAAUAACACACCUCAAUUAAAGCAAGAUAAAAAUAAAAUCAAAGUUUACACCAUCAAACGAAAAGAUGAAACCACAUUAAUAAAAAGAACAUAUUUGGUUGAUCUUUCUGUUGCAAUUCCUUAUUUUGUUAUAAGUGACGAGCAAUUUGAUGACGAAUGGUAUAUUGACAGUGGUUGCUCUCGUCAUAUGACAGGAAGGAGGGAAGAGCUUAGGGAGUCUCGGUCCCUUAAGGAUGGUGGAUGUGUAAAAUAUGGGAACAACUCAUAUGGCAUGAUCAAAGGAUAUGGGAUGAUUACAAAUGGCGAAUUUUCGAUUUGUAAAGUAGCUUAA